AUGGCGCUCAACCGCAGCAUCACGAAGAAGAGUUCGCGGAACGGACUGAACACUUUGAACGAUGGCUCGAAGCGGCACUCGAUCUCGAAGAACAAGAUCUCGGCGCCGAUCGCGCUGUUAUCGACGACGAACAUGCUAUCAUACGACGCGCCGACGCUGCGGAACUCGCUCUCCACCGGCUCGAUAUCCUCGAACUCCUCGAGCGCCUCGGGCAGCACCUCCCCCACCAGCAUCAUGAGCCCGCUCGGCUUCGCCGACCGCGACGCCCCGCCAAACCACCUGAGCAGCUUCUUUGUGGCGCCGGCACCGGCGCCGACCCCUUCGCCCGUGCCCUUGCGCUCGCAGUCCACCCGCACCCCUCAAGCGAAGACCUCGCGCCCGCGGCACCCUAGCAUGCCGCCCACAUGGCCGCCAACCGCGCAGCCGCCCAAGGAGCUGCACUCCGCAUCGCGCGCGCAGCAGCACCAACAACACCAGCAGCAUCACAUGAGUACCCACCCGUUCGGCGCGGAGCUGGCGCAGGUCGCGGAGAUGGCCGAGGAGAUCGCGGGCUUCAAGAGCGUCGACGUCGAGGAGGAGUACAUGCUUGCCAGGGGCCUGCGCCGCUUCCGUGCUGAGGACUAUCUGGAGGAGAUCUGGCAGGGCGGCGUCUUUGAGGAUCAGUUGCCGGCUUUUAGUGCGGGCAAACUCCGCAGCCUCUUCGCAAACCUCCAAAAGCUCCGAUCGGAACGCGCCGUGCUCCGCGAGCUACCGGCCCCCGGCGGCGUCGGCGGCAGCAAACAACCGCGGCAAUGGAACUCCAUCGACGACGUGCCCACGUCGCGCGACGACGCUGAGGUGCGGAUCUUCGAUACCGUCCCGCCCCCGCAGCUGCCAAGGCCGACGUUCCUAAGGCCGGCGGUGGUGGUGCGGCCGGGGGCGCGGCCGGUGGUGCGGCCGGUGGCGGCGGGGAUGGGAGGGCGCGGACGGCUCGUGCGCCGGGUCGGCGCGGAGAUGGGAGGGUUGGUCAGCUCCACUGCCGGCCUGGGCUGCGAGGAGAUGUUUCUCCUGCGGAAGCUGGCGAGCGCGCUGCGAGGCUCUGAGAAAGCGGCGGUGGGGGCGGAGAAGGCUUCGGCGGAGGUGAUCGCGCGGCUGCGCCGGCUGGAGGCGCAUCCGCGGCUGCUGCAGUUGCUGACGCCGGUGGCGUGGAAGUUGCUGUGGCGGCUCGAGACAGAUAAAGAGGCGAUUCCGACGGUGCGGAGUAGGGUUAUUGGCGAUUUGAUGUGUCUGGCCGGGGCACAGAUGGAUACCGAGGCGGAGAUGAGGUAUAUUGGCGGGUUGUUCUGGAAUGGUGCUAGGGAGCAGGCGGUAAUGAGGUGGGAGGACUUAGUGGAACGCGCGCCGACGAGAGAGGUGUUUAGUCUCGGCGUCAGGCUGAGGGCGCUGCUGCAGCAGCCUGCAGAAGCGCAGGAGAUUGUGCACCGUAUGCAGGCUGUGCUGGGAAGUGUCCAGCAUAAGGCGUGGAUUCCGGUCAUCAUGGCGUGGAAUCAUGUUUUUGAGGGGGAGAAGGCGUGGAAGGUCUAUGAGACUAUGCGGGAGUGUGCCGAAAAGAAUGGCGAGAGGAUCACGGCAAAGCAGUUUGAUGAUCUCGCCAUGUCGUUUCUCGAUAGCUAUCAGCCCGCGAUGGGACUCAAGGUCUACAAGCAUAUGGUCUUUGCGGGACACAAUGCAUUGGAUCGACAGCAGACCGAUACUCAUAGCAAUCUUUCGGCCGCGGUCAAGGCGGCUCAGGAGGAAACCGUCGAUCCGGAUCAGCUGAAUGCCGUGUCGGUGGAUGCGCUGAAGAACCUGCCCACGAGUGUCGCGGACAAGUACUUUUACGGCGGGUGGAUGUUGAACCUGAUACGGAUGGAGCGGGCGGACCUCGCGUGGCAGCUGAUCACAGACGUGAUGCCGUCGCAGCAGUUCCUGCCGGACAGCAUCCACUGCAACUGGGUGAUGCAGGCGUUCCUGCAGCAAGGCAAGCCCGAAAUGGCGGCCUCCAUCGCCGAGCAGAUGAUCACGGAGCGGAUCGGGCAGAUCGCGACGUCGAAGUGCCCCAGCCCGGCCGUCACUCGCACCCGCCGUCCGCGUCCCCGCGGCACCCCGCAAGUCCCCGGCCCGCAAAUCCCCCCCGCAACGAUCCAGACCUUCAGCAUCCUCGUGCACUACUACGCGCGCCGCCAGCAGAUGUCGCACAUCCUGACGCUGUUCGACCAGAUGACGGCGUGUGCCAUCCCGCCAAACAGCUACAUCAUGAACCACCUUUUGCACGCCCUGCUGCGCACCCACGACAUGACGCGGCUCGCGGUGACCUUCGACAGCAUGCUGCGCACAUCACGGGUGACGCCGGACCUCACGUCGUUCUUGGUGAUGUGGACGGCAAUGUGGCGCCACUACACACAAACCCACCGCAAAAACCACGACUUCCUGACCCCGCGCGAGCUCUUCGCGCUGACCGUACAGCACCUGCCACCCACCACGCCAGACUCCGACGACGCCGGCAAGCUCCUCGACAUCUGGUACGCGAUCAUCAAGUGCUUCCUCCUCGCGCGGGAUCUCGAGGGCACCCUAAUCGCCUUGCACGCGGGCACAUCUCUGUGGGGCACGCCAAUCGACCAAACAGUAGUGCAGGAAGUAGCGUUCGGCGUGCUCCGCGCGCGGCCGUGGGAUCCCAAGAUCACCGGCGGAAGACCCCGCAUCGCCGCGGGCACGGUUCUUACCUCCGUCGAGCGCCUCAGAGACCUGGGCAGGCAGAUCAUGGCCCAGCGAGGCGCAGGCGGGAGGAAAUCGCCGGCUGCGGUAGCGGCGAGACGCAGACCACUCAGGAUCGAGGAGGAGGAUGGGAGCCUGCAGAGUCUUACCGUCCUCUUGAAGAGGGAGCUCGGCGAUAGUGUACUUGCCCAUGAUGAUGUCCUGCGUGCUAGGUUGGAUAUGGGCGUGCAGGGCGUCGAUAUGGAAGUGCUCGGGCUGGAGAAGAAGGCGUGAUAUGGUUGCGUUUUGGGUGUAUAGAUGGUUUGGUUUGGUUGAGUUAUUUUGUUUUGCGUGUAUAUUUGUAUUGUACAUUAUCAUAGUGCAUAGUGGGUUGUUCAUUGGCGUUGGAACUGGAACUGGAAUCGAAUAGAAUACCUUGUAGGAUACGGGGGAUAAAGUGGGCGGGAGGUACAUUAGGUAGAUGGUUCUACAUACUAGUAAUAACGGGACGGCUGAAGCUUGGUUGAUUCUGCCUGGGCGAUUGCAUUGCGAGCGUUCCAGAAUCCAGAUGGUCCUUCCGUCAUGAUGAUGUCCAUGGUGGUUGGCGGUUGAUGCGGUUCUUGUGUGUAGGAUCUAAAGUAUAUGGGAAGUGACAUUUGUUACAUAUGUAGGAU